CACGAAAUGACAAAAGUCUAGGGCUCGUCAGUUAGCAGCAGCACCACCAGCAGCAGAGUGGGAGUAUACAAACUCACAGAGAGGAUUGACCAUCACCUUGAUAAAUAUCAACACAAUGUGUACAGUUCAGGUUAAACAGAGCUUAUUUCCAGUCACUAAAUGGAGUUAAAGACGAACCUGGUGCCUGUCGGUCGACACUGAAUCAAGAGGAAGUAACGUUAACGCGACGUGGGACUACAAGUAUAGAGGUUCGCAUGUGGGUCGCUAAUAACAUACACAAAAACUACAGAGAGACUCGCCUGUUGGUUUCAUGCUUUAUCACUGUGUGUUUUGGGAAAUAUGUUUGAAGCUGAAGCUCUGACGGAACUGACUCCACAAGUCAGUCAUUGCUGCGAACAAUUUUAACACCUGUUUCCGGGAAAUUGAAGGCCACUUAUCUCUUUCAGGACUGAGCAAAGAAACGGAAAAAUGAGCAAAAUAUAUGGAUCAACAAACGUGUCUGAGGUGGAGGAACACAUUUCUCUGAAGUAUGAAAUUAAGAAGAGACUUGGGAAAGGGGCUUAUGGCAUCGUAUGGAAAGCGAUUGACAGACAGACGGGCGAGGUUGUGGCUGUGAAGAAGAUCUUUGACGCAUUCAGGAACAGGACAGAUGCCCAGCGGACAUUCAGAGAAAUCAUGUUCCUCCAGGAGUUUGGAGACCAUCCCAACAUCGUCAAACUUCUAAAUGUCAUCAGAGCGCAAAAUGAUAAAGAUAUUUACCUCAUCUUUGAGUAUAUGGACACAGACCUGCAUGCAGUGAUAAAGAAAGGCACCCUACUGAAGGACAUCCACAAACGCUAUGUCAUGUACCAGCUCUUCAAAGCCAUCAAAUACCUGCAUUCAGGAAACGUUAUCCACAGAGACCAAAAGCCAUCCAACGUGCUGCUGGACACCGACUGUGUAGUCAAGCUGUGUGAUUUCGGCUUGGCCAGAUCGCUCAACCAGAUUCAAGAGGACAGCGGGAAUCCAGCACUGACGGAGUACGUGGCAACCCGGUGGUACCGAGCUCCUGAGAUCCUGCUGGGAUCCGCGAGGUACACUAAAGGUGUGGACAUGUGGAGCCUCGGCUGCAUCCUGGGAGAGAUGCUGCUGGGAAAAGCCCUGUUCCCUGGGACAUCCACCAUCAACCAAAUAGAGAAGAUCAUGAGUGCCAUACCACACCCGAGCCCAGAAGAUAUUCUCGCAAUCAAGUCUGAGUAUGGAUCCUCCGUCAUUCAGAGAAUGUUACUGAAACCACAGGUGCCUUUGGAAGAUCUUCUCCAGACGUCUGUGCCACCUGAUGCUCUGGACCUGUUGAAAGGUUUACUAGUUUUCAACCCAGACAAGCGUCUGACUGCUGAGCAAGCCCUCCAACACCCAUAUGUAGCCAGGUUUCAUAAUCCAGCCAAGGAGCCAGCUCUUAACCAUGAUGUUGUACUGCCAUUGGAUGAUGAUGUACAAUUAUCUGUGGUUCAGUACCGCAACAAACUUUAUGAGAUGAUGCUGGAGAAGAGGACUAAUCAGGGGAUGCUAAGGCUGAUCCAACCAAAGGACGGAGGCUGUGUCACCAGCACUGAGAAGCCUAAUGUGAAGGAUAAAGAAGAGAAAGGCUUAGUGGCAGUGAGUGGGGAUGGUCGUCACAUGGGGGAAACGCAACAUGAAAAGACUGAAAAGACAAACCACGUGCCUUCACAUACAGGCGUCACCAAACCUGGGCCUGAGAAUGUGUCAUCUCCGCCUGCUGUGAAGAAGACGAGUCCGCUAUCCAGCCCUUGCUUGGGAAAACUCACAUAUAACCCCAUCACACAUGUCCCAAAUGGUUUUGUUCGGAGUCCAGCCGCUCCUCCUCAUUACUACUCACCCACUGCAGCCAGCAGGAAACUAGUGGGACAGACCAGCAAUGGAGAUGCAACCACAUCACCAACAGAGGGCGCCAAGGCUAAAUCCAUGGACCAGAUUCUCCAGCGUGGUCGCUCAGCCCCUGUGACCCAUAACCGCUCCUUCUCCUUGACCCAAAACCAAACCCAGAACAACCCACUGGUUCGCAAGGACGGGCCUACCCUGCCCUCUGGGCUGUACGUCACAUCUGCACACCUGAACCAGCGCUCCAACUCUCAGGUUCGUGAGGCUCGGCCACCGGCACGGUUCAGCAAGAAAGUAUUUCAGAGUAACUGUAAUGUGGCAGCUGCAGGGGACCCACGAGCCAAACUGGGCAGCUACUCGCAGGCCUAUGGAACCAUCAACAAGACUGAACUGGACAAUCUGCUUCAAUGCCGCCCUUGCAACCAGUAACUGCUGUUAUGUCAGCUGUUACAAAGGCGCCAGUGUGGCGUGUGUUUGAACACACAACAAGGUGUACCUUGCACUAGGAUGUAAAGCACAUGGCAACCUGAGAGAAAACUUGUAAAAAGAAACAGUGACUCCUGUGACUGUUACACCUCUUGUAUACUAUGUAGAUUGUAUCCAUGCAGACAUGUCUGUCGCUGUCUGUGACAAUGAAUACAUAUUUGUAAAAAUCCAGUAUGACUUCAUAUUAAAUUUAUUAAAUUGUACCAGCAAUUCAUAAACACAUUGUAUGCUUAUGUAUGAAGUUUCAUUCAACAGCAUUUCUCACAAGGCUGGAUUACCAAUUGGACAAAAGGGGACCAAAGCCCCAGACCUUCAGGGGCCCUAAAUGUCCGGUUUCUAGGUGUGUAAGUAGGUUUGUGGUUAUUUGCAAACUUUAUUUGAAAUAGGCACCUUUUUAGCACAUUAUCAGCUAAAAUGUUGAAUCGUCUGUCUUUCCAUAGAGACACCGUGUGUCAACAGUCACAUGCUAAAUAUUCCUAAAUAUCUUUGUAUCAUUAACAGUGGGUCAGAGGGGUCCACUGCACUGAUAAUGCAGAGGUUUUUUUUAUGUGAAUACAGUGGCAAUUAGCCUCCUUGUUCCUCUAAUGUGUACAGAGAAACAAAGUGAUAAGUGUUUCUGGAACCGAGUUUAAAAUCUUUAACAGGCAUGAAUGACUGUGACAGCAAACCAAUACGAAGUUUAAUAAAAAACACAUUUUACUUUAAUUUUUAACUUAAAAUAUUGGAUACCUUUACCUCUUUGGGCCUCGUACAGUUAUUUAAAUUAAAAAAAGAUUAGUAAUAAUUACAACUCAAGAGGGGAAAUCACUCUUUGGUGAAAGUGAACAACUUGCAAGAUAUGACAAGGGGCUUACAGUAAACACUGCUUUUUGUUAGAGGUCACAAGCCCAAAAAAAACAUCAGUCAUCAGAUAAAACAUUGCUCUCUGGAAUGUGUGGUACAAGUAAUGGAAGAUGUACUCUUUUACCUGCUCUUAUAUAUUUAGUAGAAAUACAACAGUGUAGAAAACACACUGCUACAAGUAAAAGUACAAAAGUAGUGGAAUCAAUACAAACUUUAAGUACUAGAAGUAAAAGAAUGAUACACAUUUUGCAGAAUGGCCCUUUUCAGAAUAAUAUAUAUAAGGCUAUAUAAUUGGGAUUAUAUAAUAAUUGAUGAAUGUAUGUGUAAACAUAUCUGUAGUGGUUAUUCUUGGUCCUCUCUGACCACUUUGGUGGCUGAGCAAAAAUAUGUCUGACUCCACACAUACAAAAUAUCCAUUGUCCACAGAAAAUAAUUCCAAAAAUGAAUCAGUAUUAUAAAUAAUACAAUGCUAUAAGGAAGUUACUAAAUCUUAGUCUUAAACAUUCAUUGGAAGGGUAAAGAUCAUUCAUUAUUUUGUGGUGGAUUUCUUUUGUUCAAUGUGAAAAUUGACUAAACUGCAGCUGUUAUGUAGCCUGGUGAAGCUGAAGUAUAAAGUCACAUAACAUGAUUAUGCUCAUGUUCAGAAGCAGUACCUCAAAAUUGUAGUACAGUAGUUAUGUGUCCUACAGAACCUUCCUGAUCUAUCCAGACCAGGGGUUUCAAACAUACGACCUGGGGGCCAGAACUGCAUCGUGGCUCAUGGAGGACUGGACAAUUUCUCCCUCCUUGGAGGAGCUCUGGAUUUUCAGGGGUCAAGGUUGGGGAUCAUGGGGACCUUUGUGGUCUUGAGAGACGAUAAUUGACAUGGAGGACCCCCGGUCAGUGAUACUGAAGUACAGCCUUGCCCCUUUUUAUUUUCUGUUUUUCUCAAUGCUGGGCGUGUGACCUUUGCCUACAUGUCCCUGCAUGUAGUUGUUGUUUUUGUCUGUUAUUGGUUUUGCUUGCUCUUUCUUUUUGUAU